AUGGUACGCCAGGCCAGGGACGAGCAAUACAGUUAUCUUGAGAACUACAUCGACUCUUACGCAGUAACAUCGCCGAAUUCACCAGAACGUGCAGCAUGGAGACAAGCAUUGUAUAGAGAUUGGGAAGAACGAUUCAGCAGUGUUACUUCGGAACAUAAACGGAUGAUUAGCACAUACUUCAGUAACCACACACGACCUGAAAGUAAAUGGGCCAGAGCUAUGUACCAGGACACGGACACCAGUUCCUCUUCAGAAGAGGAUCAAUUGGACUCUGACGAUGACGAUGCAAAGACGUCCGAAAACACUAAAACUGACAUUGCGGCGAUGGAAGAGGAUCAAUUAGACUCUGACGAUGGCGAUGCAAAGACGGCCGAAAACGCUAAAGGUGACAUUGCGGUGACGGGAAAUGCUGAGAAUAUAUCAUCGCCUGGACCUGGAUCAAUUCAAACUGGUGAACUGAGUUCCGAUAGCCACUCCGUGACUGAAAUCGGCCAGCUCAAGGAUCAAACCGUCCAAAAGAUAGGAUCUACGGUUGGUUCAUGUGUGUCGCCAGCAGACAAAGACAUCAGCGCAUGCUUGCGAGAAGUCCCCUCGUCAUCCAACGGCAGUGCUACAGCCCUGUCCCAAUCUUCUAGUACAUAUCCGUCAGAGAUACCCAGACUGCGUCGACAUUUUGCAAUAAAUAACAUCAUCUUGGACGUUGAGCUGUCUGGGCUCUCACGAACCGACGUGAAAUUUUAUUAUGAAGCCGGAACUCUACACCUCUUUGCGGACAAGCACGAUGCAGGGGGGUUGCCUGACCUCCGUCGAACUUACGCAGGUUCCCUUCGAGUUGGGCCACAAAAUACCGGUCAAAUCAUUUGCGGCAUGUCCGAUGGCAUCUUAAGAGUGAUUCUCGGACGUGACAGGCAUGUAGAACCGCUGGAUACCCCAGCUGGAGACUGUCUGGAAAUAGAAGAUAAACUACCCUCGGAAUUUGUCUAA